AGGUGAGGUGCAGCAGGGAGGGCCUAGGCCACUCUCCAUAAAAGAGGGCACAUAGGGGGCCUGCCUGUGGCAACGCAGUGUAGGGUGUCAUGGCCCGGGCCCUGGGGGAGGACCUGGUGCAGCCAGCCGAGUUGCAGGAUGACUCCAGCUCCUUGGGGUCCGACUCAGAACUGAGUGGGCCGGGUCCAUAUCGCCAGGCAGACCGCUAUGGAUUCAUUGGUGGCAGUUCAGCAGAGCCGGGGCCAGGUCACCCCCCUGCGGACCUCAUCCGCCAGCGGGAGAUGAAGUGGGUGGAGAUGACCUCACACUGGGAGAAAACCAUGUCACGGAGGUACAAAAAGGUAAAGAUACAGUGCCGGAAGGGUAUCCCCUCAUCCCUGCGGGCCCGGUGCUGGCCCCUGCUGUGUGGGGCCCAGGUGUGUCAGAACAACAGUCCUCGCACCUAUCAGGAGCUGGCAGAGGCCCCUGGAGACCCGCAGUGGAUGGAGACCAUUGGCAGGGACCUGCACCGCCAGUUCCCUCUGCAUGAGAUGUUUGUGUCACCCCAGGGUCAUGGGCAGCAGGGGCUCCUGCAGGUACUCAAGGCUUACACCCUGUAUCGGCCGGAACAGGGCUACUGCCAGGCCCAGGGCCCUGUGGCUGCUGUGCUGCUCAUGCACCUGCCCCCAGAGGAGGCCUUCUGGUGCCUGGUGCAGAUCUGUGAGGUCUACCUCCCUGGCUACUACGGGCCCCAUAUGGAGGCUGUGCGGCUGGAUGCAGAGGUGUUCAUGGCCCUGCUGCGGCGACUGCUCCCACGUGUGCACAAGCACCUACAGCAGGUGGGCGUCGGGCCCCUGCUCUACCUACCUGAAUGGUUCCUGUGUCUCUUCACCCGCUCCCUGCCCUUCCCCACUGUGCUCCGCAUUUGGGAUGCCUUUCUCAGCGAGGGUGUCAGGGUGCUGUUCCGCGUGGGGUUAACACUGGUGCGCCUGGCACUGGGCACUGCAGAGCAGCGCACGGCCUGCCCAGGGCUCCUGGAGACGCUUGGGGCCCUUCGAGCCAUCCCCCCUGCCCAGCUGCAGGAGGAUGUCUUCAUGUUGCAGGUGCACAGUGUUACCCUAUCUGAGCGGGACCUGCAGCGGGAACUCAGGGUCCAGCUGACUCAGCUGCCCAAGUCGUUGCCUGGGCCACCCCCUCAGCCACAGGCCCGCCUUUCUGGAGCCCAAGCCAUCUUUGAAUUCCAGCAGCUGGCUGGGGCACAAGGAAGUGCCAAGCCUGAGCUACCCCAGAUAGUGGUGCAGCCUCCAGAAGAGCCCAGGCCACCACGGCGCAAACCCCAGACACGUGGCAAGACUUUCCAUGGGCUCUUGACUCGGGCCCGGGGACCCCCUAUUGAAGGUGCCCCCAGGUCCCAUCGAGGCUCUGCCUCCUUUCUGGACACCCGCUUCUGAGUGUAAUGGACUCACUGCCCUCCCCCCAAUCCAAAUCAUCCAAGAGGCGAAUACCAGCUCCUCCUCACACAGGGUCUGCACAUCAUUGCUGGGAUUUGGUGACUCAGCUCCAUUCCUAGCAAGGACAUGCAGCAGGGGAGGGGCGAGUCUCCUCACUUGACUGACUGUGUCAGGCACAAAGAUAAAGGAAGUUCACAGAGAGGGGGUUGUGGGGAGCUGGGCAGGCCAUCCACCCAUGGAGCAAUCCUGGUGCCCUGGCCCUGGCCAGCAUCAAAGCCAACACUGACGAAGCACGGGAGUGAGGGAGCUGGCUGGAUUAAGGGACCCCCCCCCAAGGGCAGCUGGGAUGGCUGGAAUAAAAUUUGACUUGAGCAGACACCUAGAUAGAGUUGGAUCAAAUGCCCUUCACCAUUCACGCUGGACAUGUGCCCUUUCUCCUCUGGUCCUCCAAGCCCUGUUCCCACCAGAGGACACACUGAGGCUUCCCAUUGGCUGCUGGGGAAGGUGUUUACCAGCAACAGGAACCAAUUAUAAGUGACCUUGUCCCAGCCUCUGGAUGGCAGGUAAGGCUUAGUCACCUGUGGGAGGAGGGCUCCCCAAUGGAAGCUGGGCUCAGGAGUGGGGCUCUGACCCCUACUCUGUUCCCCCAUCCCACCACCAGGCUGAUUCUGUACUCCCUGGGGCGGGGGGACGCUAACCCAAGUCUGUCUCCCCACCCAUGCUC